GGGAGAUGACGUCAUUUAGAACCUGCAGACGGGCGAUGGCGGUGUUAUUACUACCGCAGCGGCAGACUAUACAACGGGGCGUGGUCUUUUGCCUGGAGCUGGUGACGCAUGAGAAGUGGGCGGAGUAACUUGAAAGUAGGUGCUGGAUGUCUUGUGUAAUGACGUCAUGACCCGGAAGUGUGGCUGUGACAGGCAUAUACAUAGUAGAUCGCUGGGUGUUGGUACCUGGGGGAUACCGUAUAGUGUACUCCCUGUAUGAGAAGGGAAAGGAGGCCUACCCUGGCAGGUGAGUAUAGAGAGAGAGAGAGAGAGAGAGAGAGAGGAAAUGGUAUAUGUAUUAUUAUUAUAAUCCCACUCACUGCACAUCCAUUUACUGACCAUUCCUGAUAUAUAUAGGGGGUCUACCUGGACAUUGCAGGUGGGAUUAUCAUACAAUGCACUGUGGGAUUGGUUAUAACAAGUCUAACUCAUAUAACUAAUCAUAUAACUAGCCUCUCACACUGACACACACAUAACUAGUCAUAUAACUAGCCUCUCACACUGACACACACACACAACUAGUCAUAUAACUAGCCUCUCACACUGACACACACACAACUAGUCAUAUAACUAGCCUCUCACACUGACACACACACAACUAGUCAUAUAACUAGCCUCUCACACUGACACACACACAACUAGUCAUAUAACUAGCCUCUCACACUGACACACACACACACAACUAGUCAUAUAACUAGCCUCUCACACUGACACACACACACACAACUAGUCAUAACUAGCCUCUCACACUGACACACACAACUAGUCAUAACUAGCCUCUCACACUGACACACACACACAACUAGUCAUAACUAGCCUCUCACACUAGACACACACACACAACUAGUCAUAUAACUACUAGCCUCUCACACUGACACACACACAACUAGUCAUAUAACUAGCCUCUCACACUGACACACACACACAACUAGUCAUAUAACUAGCCUCUCACACUGACACACACACACACAACUAGUCAUAUAACUAGCCUCUCACACUGACACACACACACACAACUAGUCAUAACUAGCCUCUCACACUGACACACACAACUAGUCAUAACUAGCCUCUCACACUGACACACACACACAACUAGUCAUAACUAGCCUCUCACACUGACACACACACACAACUAGUCAUAUAACUAGCCUCUCACACUGACACACACACAACUAGUCAUAUAACUAGCCUCUCACACUGACACACACACAUAACUAGUCAUAUAACUAGCCUCUCACACUGACACACACACACAACUAGUCAUAUAACUAGCCUCUCACACUGACACACACACAACUAGUCAUAUAACUAGCCUCUCACACUGACACACACACAACUAGUCAUAUAACUAGCCUCUCACACUGACACACACACACAACUAGUCAUAUAACUAGCCUCUCACACUGACACACACACAACUAGUCAUAUAACUAGCCUCUCACACUGACACACACACACAACUAGUCAUAUAACUAGCCUCUCACACUGACACACACACACAACUAGUCAUAUAACUAGCCUCUCACACUGACACACACACACAACUAGUCAUAUAACUAGCCUCUCACACUGACACACACACACAACUAGUCAUAUAACUAGCCUCUCACACUGACACACACACAACUAGUCCUAUAACUAGCCUCUAGUCAUAUAACUAGACUGACACACACACAACUAGUCAUAUAACUAGCCUCUCACACUGACACACACACAACUAGUCAUAUAACUAGCCUCUCACACUGACACACACACACAACUAGUCAUAUAACUAGCCUCUCACACUGACACACACACACAACUAGUCAUAUAACUAGCCUCUCACACUGACACACACACACACAACUAGUCAUAUAACUAGCCUCUCACACUGACACACACACACAACUAGUCAUAACUAGCCUCUCACACUGACACACACACACAACUAGUCAUAUAACUAGCCUCUCACACUAUAGUCACCCAGACCACUUCAGCUCAAUGAAGUGGUCUGGUUGCCAUGUCCCUCAGGUUUCAGCUAUGUUUACAAAGCAGGGUCAAUCCAACCUCUAGUGGCUGUCUUCCUGACAGCCGCUAGAGGUGCUUCUGCGAUGAAUGAUAGAAUGCGCAUUCCACUCCACUCAAGAGCUGAUGUCGGCGGGGGAGGAGGAGAGGUCACCAGUGCCAAGGGAGCCCGGCGCUGGGUUAAGGUAAGCUGCUAAAGGGGGUUUUAACCCCUUAAACACCACGGGAGGGGGCCCUGAGGAUGAGGGUCCCCCAAGGAUGACAUAGUGUCAGGAAAAUGGGUUUGUUUUCCUGACACUAUAGUGAUCCUUUAAGGUAGGUAAGUAUUUUUCAUAAUAGUUCACAUACACUUCUAUUUUUUAAACUACUUUUAUUUUGAUAGGGAAAGCAUUGUAAUGUGCUAAACAUUAUUUAUUUAAGAGGUUACUCAAACCCUUUUGGGAGGGGGGUUUGCUGUGUAAAAUGCUUUAUUGGACGCUAUGGAGAAGGUCCACCUCCUCGAUUUGCAGUAUAACCUGCAAAACAAGAAGUUUACUUACCUGGAAUCCAGUGAGGGAGGGGGAGUCAAUCUUUCCCUUGCAAGCGCUCCGCCUGCGGUGCACACUUAUGACAGAAAGUUUUUAUGCACAGAAUUGACAUUACUUUUGAGUUCUGCACUGGCAAUACCACAUGCGGGUGUGAAACUAGUCCCCAGCGCACAAUUAACAUAACUUGCGAGCUGAAACACUACAUUUACAAACUCCUACCACCAUGACCACUUAAAAUCACUGAAUGGUGGUUGGGAGUAAUUCUUUAAGAUGACCGUUGUAUUUUAACCUCUCGUACUUAAUGAGAACACUACUUAUUUAUUGGUUUAGGAAAGCAACAUCGAAAAUUUAUCUGAUCUAUGCUGUCAGUUUUAACCAAAAUAAGCAUCUCAGGAUAAGUGAAAAUAAAUGUAACAUCAAAUACUGUAAGCGUGCAAGAGAUACCAUUGAGGGUUUUUGUGUGUUUGUUUUUAUCAUAGCUUGGCAGUUGUAAUUCUAGCAUUUAGCACGUCAAUCAAUGGCAAUAAUAGUUUGGGGAUUAUUUUUGGAAUGUUUAGUUUUGUGAUUACUUUCAUGUGAACAGACAUAUUAGAUUAAUUUCUCAGCAAAAAGUACAACUUUAGAGACUGAUUAUUCUCUGGAGCGGUGUUUUCUUAUAUAAUGCAUUAAUGCCAGUGUGAAAGCCAACUGGUGUAUAAUACAGGAAACCAAGUUGCAGAUAGUCAACUGAUCUACUCUGUGUUUUUUUCGUAUAGAAAACAUUGUUAAUUUAGUAAGUGUGAUAAAUACUUGAUAGGUGAAUUAUAUAAUCAUAAAAUCGUCUAAUAUCAAAUACAGCCACAACCACUUGUACAAAGCAAGUCCUUCUUGCAUAUAGAAAGUUAAUCAUAAGUAAGGUAAGAUUGCAACAAAAUGAAAUAUUAUUAAAGGAACACUCCAUUGCCAUAAUACAAUUUUUAAAAUUAAUAAGCACUAUUUAGUAGAUAUAUCCCCAAUAAAAACAUGUAUGCAUUUUAUAAUUGGGGGUAUAUCUAGAAACAGCUUGGAAAACCUGCAGAUCUCUUGUCUGCAGCCUUUGCUAACCCUCCCCUUCUUCCCCAGACGAGAUAUUCUGUUGCACUCUAAUCACAGGCUUCUCAAUGCAGUUCAGGCAUGACAGGUGCUCUGGGCAAUGGGAACCUCCUUAUUUUAUUUCCAUUAAAUUAAACAACCAGGAAGUAACUCGAACAGUUCUCUAAACAGCCACAGUGUUAAAACAAAAAAAAAACGCUUUGAGCAUAAGAGAGUGUUUCUUUAAAAGAAAAUCAUUUAGAUUGCCUGGGGACUUAACAUUUGCUGUCCUUUGCAACUAGCUAGGCCUUCAAAAUUGCUUGCUACUGCCAUCCAUAGUAUUCCCACCAAGGAUGACUUUCUACUCAACACAGCUAAUUUUUCACUCGCCAUUGGCUAGUGGAGAUUUUGAGUCCAGGCAUCAUUGAUUGUGAACUUGCAGAGACAUUCAGUUUAGUGCAACUGAGGCUUUAACAGAGGUAUAUGUCUAGAAGUAGUACUUUGUCAUAUCGUAACUUUUGAUUUCCUUGGAAUUUAAGUGAAAUUGACUUUCAGUCUGUUUUGAAGUGUUCAAUUUUAAUAUUUUGGGGGGGGGGGUGAAGGUAGGAGGGUUGUAAAAGAGCUGCUGUGCAUUCUCAGUGAGUGUCUCUUACAUCACGUUUUGUCUUAAACAAUUGUUAAUUGUUUUGCUAUUUAGCAAAAUAUGAAUCAUUGUGGCAUGUACCGCAGCUAGCCUUAUAUCAGAAAACCGCUCUACCUUUUUCAUGCUGAUCAUAAAAUGACAAUUAUCGCAUGCUAGCCUAUGCUAUGUCACAUGAGAUAAGUAUGUGAUGUCAGCUGAGUAAUUUUGCUCUCGUGACCUUCAUUGAAAAGCAGUGUUGGGACGGCCCGUGAUAACUUCUUUUGGCAACUCUGCUGCUGUGAACUGUUGGACUCACCCACAGCAGUGUUAUAAUUGCUAUGGGGAAAAUAGAACAAACAUUUCUUAAAUACUAUGGAUGAUAAAAUUGACCUAAUGACAUAUUUGGACUUGUGUUUUAAACCCAAUCGUAUCAUUUGUGAGCAUCAUCUUGAUGCAUAAAUUUUCUCAUGCAUUUCUUUCAAUGUUAAAUCAGACUGAUAAGCGCAUAGAUUGAAAGUGUCCGCUGUACUGUGCUUUGAAAAUGUAUCUACUUUUCUAUUAUACUAGAUUAAAAGAACAAAGAACAGUCUAUAAAUUUAUCAUUUUAUUUUAUUUUUACAGUUUACACCACAUUUUUCACUCUAAAAGUGAAAUAUUAUUUUGAAGAAAGCAUGCAUGUACAAUUAAACCAAUCUCGUUGCUUAUUUGUUAAGUUGUAUUUGAAGGGUGUUCAUUGCUUCUGAAGCCCAUGUCAGCACAGUAGCCUUGUAGCUUUUUAGAAAUCCAAUUAUUCACUUUUGCUGGUUGAGCAUUAUGAGGAACAUAGUCCUCUGCAGUUGAAUUUACCAAAACCGCACAAACAGUAGUGGUUAUGGUGCUUGAAACUGUACUGUAAAUAUUAAGUCACUAUUCUACUGAUAUAGCUUCUAAUAUACACCAUUUCUAAAGUUGGUCAUUUUCUGCUGCUGUUUAUGCAUAGAUUAGUAUUUCUAAGGGCCUAGAGUUGGGAUAAUUCUGAUAAUAAAAUUGACACCUUUUUUAUUUGUUCUAAAAAUUAUCGGUUUAAAAUGUAGCAAUAUAAUAUUUGCAUUAUAAAUGUUUGCCAUUGCUCAACUGUUUGUUGGUCAGUAAAUAUUUGUCUUACUUUUUUUUCUGUAGGAAUUUAGCCAUUUGUUAAGGAAAUAAUCAACAAAAAUGACCCAUUGGUUUCAUCGAAAUCCCCUUAAAGCCACAGCUCCUGUCUCCUUCAAUUUCUAUGGUGUGGCAUCAACCCCUGCAGCAUCAAAAUUAUGCGGGUAAGUUCUGAAACUCUUUUAAAACCAACUUAUAAUAAUUCUACUUUACUGCUGGAUUGAUUUAUGUCUGAGCAGUGUUUUCAGCUUUGGUUUAAGUUUAAUUUACUGUCCGGUUAUAGAGCUUAUAAAUCUAGAAAAAAUUAUUUUAAUUUCGUACCGACUAUUGUUAAUGUUUAGUAAUACGCAAGAAGUUCGAAGUGGUGGCAUUAUGGACUUCCUUAAUGUGCCUUUUUUUUCUGCAGUGAUUUAAGAGCAUCAAGAGCACGUCUGCUGGAAGUCUUCACAGACGGCACCAGUAAUCAUGAGAUGAUGAAAAAUGCUUCCGAGGCCUAUUUCUCUUUACUACUAGGUAAGCAUUGAAGGCAAUUACCAUUAGAUUGGUGCUGUGUGAAAUGGACCUGCGAUCGACAAAUUUAAGGAUGAUAUGGUAAUGCUAUAAUCUAUACAUCGGUUUACUUCCUGACCUGUGUACUGUGAUGCCCACACACCACCAUUCUGGGAUUGAACCAUUUAAACCAGACCCCUAUGAACAUAUUAUACAGAUUUAAUCUGAUAUCAGUAUUAUUGAAUUAACUUUAAUCUGUACAUCUGCUACUAGUUUUACUAACAAAAUAUUACAAUUACAUUUUAUCACCUGUUGUGCCAAUACUGCAUUUUACGAACACUUGUAAGCCGUUUGGGUAUAUGUAACAUAAACUAAACUAGUUUUAAUUAAUUUGAACAUUGCAGGCUUCAUUAAUGCAUUGGAUGGAGGCACGCAGGACAACAAGCUGCGCUAUAUCCAGAACUUCAAGUGGACGGAUACCUUGCAGGGCAAUGUCCCCAGGUACUUGAAAGUAGCAAAACUUCGACAUGUUGUAUAUUUCCCUUCAGGGUUUUAAAAUUCUAUGCCACUAGUUAGUGUUUAAAAGUUAAUCACCACACCCCGCUACUCGAUAAUUCUAUCUGCAGCUUUUACUGGGCCCAUAGAGCGGAGCAACACUCGCGAAGACCAGACUAGCACAACAUAGCACAACAAACACUAAAGCACAAUUCUCGACUCUGCGCCAUGUCAAGCUCAAUAGACCAUUAAGCAAACACUCCCCACUUCACAGAUGGAACCACUCGCUCCUUGAUAUCGUGCCCUAGGCCCUACCACACGGGUCCCUAGAAGCACCCUAGGACCUACAGCUCGAUAUUUCUAAGCGAAGAAAGACCUGAAUGUCUAGUUAACUAGCUUGUCAUAUGCAGAUGCCAUUCUCGUUAGAACAACUAGCCAUCAUGAUACACUGUCGUCCGACUAAACCCUACUUAAGGAUAGCUAGAUAUAGACCCUGUUCGCAACCUACUUGAAAUUAACAAAAUGCUGUUAAUCUCCUGUGCGUAACAUUGCAUACACUACGAAAAUAUUUACUGUUUCAAAUCGUUGUGUGAAAUACUGUGAUUGAUUUAACUUGAUACUAAGUAUGUUUAUUCUUACGCAAACAUUCCUGACCUGUUGUAUUCUACCCCCAAAAAAAUAAUCAAAUAAAGAUUGUAAAAAUAAAAAUAAUUUACUCACCACUGCAAGCCUUUAGUGUCCAUUUGACAAGUUUAACUUGAGUGGAACUUUUGAGUACUGAUUGCCAUUUACAAGAAGCACAUACAAGAAAUAUUAUGACUCUGGUUUGUCUAUUGUAUUUCAUUCUCUCCCUUUAAUUCUCUAAGUGGCAGUGGUUUCCUCUCUCUUUCUCAUAGAAACACUUAAUAAUUGGACAGAACAAGUCUGAGCAGUCACAUUUUAAUAGAGUGCCUGGAGGGCUAAUGAGACACUGACCAAAAUAAUAGCAAAUACAGAAACCAAAACCACAUCCCUUUAAAUCUUUAUACAUGCCAACAACCUUAGUGUGAGAUGUGGUCUGGGUGCAGUGGCCCUGUCACUUUUAGAAUCAUUUAUGUUACAGGGUUAUAUGAGAGAGAGAGAGUGUGUGUUAGUUUUCUUGCCAAUAGAACCACUUCUGUAGAUUGGCAUCCUUGCAUGCGCAUCUCCAAUCCAUUGCUUCUCUAUGAGAAUAAAGGACUUGGAGGCUAUCACAGGUGAUGUCAGCUUGGAUGCUAACAUCACUGAAGGCUGCAGCAGUGGAGUCUCGGCUCUAAACGUUUUAUUCUCAUUCUGUGUCAUGGGAUGCUCUGUGCUGCAUUGUUAUUGGCUGGACAAAGACCAGCCAAAGGAUGCAGGGCAUUUAAAUCCUCUUGCUCUUCCGACAAGUCCUGUCCAACUGGAUGGUGUGGAUUAUUUUAUUUUUCCUCCCUAUGCUAUAUGUAUUCAUAUUGUGGCUUUUGUUGUUGUUGUUGUUGUUGUUGUUCCUAUAGUCAUUGUGGUCUUUCAUGUUUCUGUUUCUCCUCUCCUUAUAUAUACCCUAUAUGGACUUUUUGGAAAGUUCAUUUCAGGUGAAAAUGCCACCCUCCUAACUGAAAAUAAACUCAAUGUUGUGGCUAGAAAGUAUAAGCACAGGAAGUGCAAUUUGCAAAGUAAUUAUGUGUUAUUGUGACUGACAGAUUCACUUCAUAACCUGCAUUUUGAUACAAUAUUUAUAUUCCAGUUUGGCUGUAUAUUUAUAUGGUUUAGUGCAGGUGAUAUUGAUGUACUGGAGAAUAAAGAUGUUUUGCACAGUAGAGAGUAUCCGUUUCUGUUCUCACAUUGUGUUGGUGUAAAUACUCACAGUCCCUGUUUUACAUAUUUCCCUCUGUUUUCUAGUGCUCAGCAAGAUGCUGUGUUUGAGCUGGCUUCGAUGGGAUUCAAUGUAGCCCUCUGGUAUACAAAAUAUUCCUCAAGACUGGCUGGGAAAGAAGAGUAAGUAUUCUUAUGAAUAAUAUCUGGCCAUCACCUUGCCAUUUCUCUGCUGAUAUAAAGAUAGAGAACAUAGAUUUGACUAGUGAUUCAGGGGUGAUUCUAAGCAAAAAAUCAAUCUAAGCACCUUCUUUGAAAAGUCAGAAAAUAGUGCAGAAAAUAUUCUGGUUGUUUCUUAGAAAGUAAGUUUACCAUUUAUUUAUAAAAACUAAUUAUGUGGGAUUUUUGCUUUUUAUUUUAAAAACAAUAAUCUGGUUAGGUGGUGCCCCUAUUGAUAGGUCACCACUAACUCUAAAUAUUUAUAGCUUCAGAGAUUUAGGGGGGGCAGCUAAAGGUCUGAAACAUGACAUCAAAUGAGGACUUUAACUUCCAAGAUCUGUACAAGUUAAUCUCUCCUUCCUUUUCACAAUUUCAGUGAGAGACAAAGCUGUAGUCUUGUGACUUGUCAAUCAGCUUGGGUGGUUACUGCUUACAGCCCGGAUUAACACAAGCAGACUAUGUAUAAACUGAUAUCAGCCAAAGUAUGGCUGGUAUGAGUUUAUUGAGCAAUUCCACUCGCCCUGUGUGAUGAGCAGUACUGCAGCAGCAGGAUAAACUACACCUGCAUUAGUCACUGUUGCACACUAACUUGGAGUGGUUUUGGAAGAAUACAAGGAGCUGACUGGUUCUAUUUCCUCUUGUUAGUGACCUACAUUGUUUUAGGGGAUCAAUCUGGUUCAUUCCUAACGUCUGAAUGACCUUUAGCGGUUUUAGGGAAUAAAUGAGCUUAUGGGUUCGUACCCCACAAAUGUACUGACUACACAGAAUUAAAGGAACUUUAUGAACUACUCCGCUUUAUUGGCUUUUUAAGCAACCUGCUUUUGUUUGUGUAAAAUAUGCUUUAACUAAUGUCAUUCCCACUUGUGAGGAACCUACGGCAACUCCGUAUGAUUUUUUUUUUAAAUUAUUUUUUUAUCUUUUUUUUUUUCGUGUGGAAAGAUGAUAAACACGUGUAUGACCACAACAGCCUCUACACGUCAAUCAGCGUCAGUGCAUAGUAAAUACAGGCAUUGCUGGAUUCUUUUCACACACAUUUUGUAAUUACAAUAGGUCUCAUUGUUAUAGUGAGUUAGUUAAAUCGUAUAACUGUGAGGGUGGAAGACACCUGUCUGCUUAGGUCACCCCUUGUUUUAUGGGUUUUUUUCAGUGGAGCGGAGAGGGUGGUUACGGCUAAGUCUGGAUACUAUUUCUGGUUCCCUGCCAUGUGUCUCGAGGUUGUGGGUGUAUGGUGUGCCCCGUGGCCCUUCUGCGUAUAGGCCGGGAGUGGGUUGUGGUGGUCGCGGGGUCCCUCCGUAUGUUCCCCUUCUAGGACUAAGUCCGCUACCUUGUUUGUUCCUGACUGUUUGCACCCGUGUGUGUAGUGCUCUAGGAGUUGUAAGGUGUCUUUUUGUCCUAGUGGUGGCUGCGCGUGGUUGCUGGUCAAUUUUACAACUCUGGCUUUGAAGUCUAGGUGUAAAUAAGUCACCUGGUGUGCUGGGGUACCAGUCCUCAAAGUCUGGUAUGUUCCAAGGCCAGUGUGCUCCCGUUAUGGUCUGAGGCUGCCCUCCCGUCCUGUAGGCCUUGCCGCCUCAGCGUUUAGUUUUGGGGCCGGGCGUCGGGAAGAACGGCAUCGGCGGUCACAGUGGGGUUCUCUGAGGUCUGUGCUUGUACGUGUGGCUGGGAUUGAUAGAGGAUGUCCCCGAUUGUGUAAGAUUGCAGUGGAUGGCACUGGAGCUCCGGCAAUGUGCGUCCGCUCCGAUCCGUGUCAGGCUCCGCCCCCAACUCCGUAUGAUUUCAUGUACGUUAAUGCUAAUGCUUAGAAGUCAUUCAUAAUAUUAGAGCUGGGACAACCGGUGAUAGUGCCAUCUAAGUUAAUUCUAGAUCACUUUAAGGAGCUAGCAAAUUCUGAUCCAUUUCAUUGAUUUAAAAUUCUGCAGCGUUACAGAAGAAGAGGCAAAAGAAGUUCAUCGGAGUCUGAAAAUGGCAGCCGGUAUUUUCAAACAUGUGAAGGUAAGUAACAGCCAUCCUAUGUGUUCACGGAUUUAUAGACCUAGAAUUUUAAGCAUUAGAAUUUUGUUGCUACCAACCUUUUUUGACCAUAUUAAAUUGUUGUUGAUUGGUGCUUGUAGAUUGAUGAUUUCAUUAAGUAACAAAGGCUGGAGUUGUGUAAUGAAUAACCCAUGUGUUUUCUGUUUUAGGAAAACCAUAUUCCAAAACUGAUCACUCCAGUGGAAAAAGGCAGAGAUUUGGAAAGUAGAGUUAUAGAUGCCUAUAUUGUCCAGUGCCAAGCUGAAGCACAGGAAGGUACUUAUUCCUUUCAAUGUCUGGCAACAGACAUCCUGUACAAUUCUGUCUGGUGGUGGUGGUUGGAUUUUUUUAGGGUACAAUUUAUGACCUUAAAGGUUGUGCUACCAGGUUUUUUUUUUACACUUUAUAUAGCACCAUUACAUUUGCUUAGCAAUCACUUUCACUGAAGGCCCAUUAAGAAACAAUAUUACUAUGGACUGUAAUCUCUCCAAACCCUGCUGACUUGUAUGCCAGCAACAUUAUCUUAUCCUAACCAAGGGGCAUAGGAGAGAACUACUUAUUUUCUAUCUGCGGGGGUUGCUAUUUACUCACCGUGGUAUUUUUCCUAUACCCAGACCAGUUCAAUGAUCCUGAUUACAUACAGGGGUAUUAGCACAAUGAGUUACUUGUGGCAGAAAUAAUUAUAGUACAUUUCAGCCUCAAUAGAAAAAAUAAAAACCAAAGAAAAGAAUUACUUGCGCACUAUCCCUAAUCCCUAUGCAAAUUAAAUAACUGGAGGUUUUUUAGUGUCACUCCAAUAGCCAUUUAAUUGUACGUUCACCUGCCACGUCAAGGAAAACCUCUUAGGUGAGCUUACACUUAAAUAGCCAUUGCAGUAAUACUAAAAACAUCCAGUUAUCUUUUCUUUUUAUUUCAUGUAUUGGGGCUGAUGUGUAGUAUAGCCAUUGUUGUCGCCCAGGAUUAGUGGGCCUAUGAAACGGCAGUGUUUACAUUGAAAUGCCUACAGAGACAAGCUAUAGACACCAGAACCACAACAUUAAGCUGUAGCUAUAGUGUCCCUUUAAAUAUUUCCUUUUUCAAACUCCAACAAACACCCACUUUGGGCAUUACCUUUCUCAGCUAUUGAGUAGGUUUUGGCGGUUCUAUCUUGGUACACUUUAGAUGGGAUCCUCGGUCUGAGUAUGUAAUGCAUAAAUAUGUAUCCCAUAUUUUAUUAGCUUGCAUUGAGUGUGCAUGGUCUUCACUGAAACACCCAGGAAUCCAAAAACAUGGCAAGGAAUCUCACAACUUUAUUUUUACAUUUAUUUUCUUUAAUUCACUGUUUAUAUUUGGAAGAACCCCUUGCUCUUCACAACUUGUCAAGCGUGGUCGUAUUAACCUCCUGAGAAUUAUUUACACCUCUCCCACUGCACCGCGCUUCAAUCAACACAUGAGUGACAAAGAAAAGUAUUUUUAUUAUUACAUAUUAUAUACAACCCACUAAAUGCCAGGGAAAUAUUUUAAAAUACAUGAACUGAGUGAGUACAAGAAACAAGUCUUCUUGACAAACACAAAAUAAAUUGUUGUCUCUGGCCCUUGGAGACUGAUGAAUAUGGGUUGUAACUCUUAUUAUUUUUGUUGUGCGCUAGGCAUGUUAUUUAAAAGCUAAUUGUCCUUGUCUGACAAUUAUAUUUGGUACAUGACUAUACAGUAUUGGUGCAACUCAUGCUUUAUAACCUAUUGUAACAUUUCUGAUUAAUGCUUAACUUUUUGUCAUUUAUCCCUCUUAUAGUCAUUCAUCCCUGGUCAAUUGGGUACAAUCAGUGUAUCAUUUGUUUGGCCAGUCUUUAGAAUAGCUAGCCUUGUGCCGGCAUGGUCUGUCACUUUAACUACCUGCCACAGAGACAAUAAAGUCAUUCUAUGAAACUGCUAUAAUUGUAUGUCAUUUAUGUUUAAAGGUUUUAGCUGAUGAUGAAAUAAUCAUUUUCUUGUUUUGUGUUACUUACAGUGACUAUAGCUCGAGCAAUUGAACUGAAGCACAACCCUAGUCUAAUUGCUGCCUUGGCCUAUGAAACUGCAAAUUUCUACCAGAAAGUCGGUAUGUCCGUUACAUGAAAAAUUGGUUAUAAACUUUUUAUUUAAAACAUUUUUUACAAAUUUUUCUUUCAUUCUUUUUUUUUUUUUUAUUAUUAUUAUUUUUUUAUAUUUUUUUUUAAGUAAUACAUUCCCAGCUGCAGAAAUGUAGAUGUUUAGUAAAUAAUUUUUUUUUAUUAUUAUUAUUAUUAUUAAAAGGUAUUUUUAAUAAUUUUUAGGUAUUUCUUGGAGAAGAAUGCUCAUUCAAGUCCCCAGUGCUUUAUUAUAUGCAUUAACUCACAUAAGCAUACAGACUUUUUUUUUUAAAUUAUUAAUUACAUAUGUCAAUUAGCCAGUUACUAAUUUAAAAUGACACUAAACUUUAACUUAUUUAUGACAUUUUGUUAAAAUAAAAUUUGCAUCUAAUUUAUCUGCUAAAUCUUUGUGAAACAUUAUUGUGAUACUGCAAAAUAUUAAUUAAUGUGAAUUAAUUUCAGCAUGAAACAUUAAAGAUUAAAUGAGCACUAUGAUCACCCUAUCCAUUACAUGUUAUUGUAGAGUUUCACCAGUUUAAAAAAAAACAAAAAAAUAGAAUAUUACUGGAAAUUAACUAAUACAAGACAAAGAAAUGAUUCUGUAAUGGCUGCAAAAAUCCAUAUCACAGUACUUUUUCAGCAUCCGAAGCCCAGCUCUCAGUGUUUGAAUUGAUAAUACUGAAGUUUCAUUUUAUAAUAAGAUAUGCGGGAAUGGCUUAGUCAAAGCAUCUAAUAAUGAGAUGACCCUGUUUAUUUGUUUUCAUUAUGUGAAGGUUGGCAGAAAACAUAUUUCAAUAAUUCUGAAAUACAUUUUGAUUUAUUACAAUUAUAUUUUAUUUUGUUCUACAGACCACACACUCUCCAGCCUAGAUCCAGUUUACAUUGCAAAAUGGAGAAGCUACACCAAGCUGAAAAUGUGUUUCUAUAUGGCCUAUGUGAGUGCUCUGCAUAUUGCUGAACUCCAUUUAACCAAUAACUUAGCUUUAUUUAAAAAAUAUAUAUAUAUUUUCUUUUAUCCUCUCCUGGACAACUUUGCAGCAUAUUGUGAAUCCGUCUGACACUAAAUGAAUGUUAAAUAGUUUUCAUUUCAAAUACACACAAGAUUUCGUCUGUUUUGGUGUAAAUGGGGUUAUUCCCUCCCAAACUGUCCUAAAUUCUGCAUGGAUCACUCAUUACAAGAAGCAUAAUUAGAAUGUGAAUGUACAUAUCUUGCCAUAUUUAAUGAAAGGCCGUGCGUUAAGUUGUUGCUUUAGCUGCCCUUACAUAAGAGGUAUCUGCAAGCAUAUUUGGUCAUAGCGCAGUGAAAAAACACUUCAUAUCUUUCUCACUAUGAAGACUUCUACAUGUUCGUUUCUGGUUAACCCAGAUUUACAGGCCUAGAUUUGUGGUUGUGUUAUAUAUAAAUUUGUCAUAAUAUAUCCUGAACUAAACUCGCUACACAAAGCUAAAUCGUCCUUUCUUGUUAUCAGGCGUACUGCUACCAUGGUCAGACGCUGCUGUCCAGCGACAAAUGUGGGGAAGCUAUAAGAUCAUUGCAAGAAGCCGAAAAAUGUGAGUGUCUUUUACCCCUUCACUUCCAAGUUCUUAAAAUAAAUUGCAGUAUUGGAAACUAAACUAAAGACAAAAAAAACUUUUUUUUUUUUUUUUUUUCUACAUUCGUACAAGUUUAGUUUUUCAUUUGUUUGUUCCUUCUUCACAUAAAUAUUAGAGAGGUUAAAAUUAUACUGUAUCCCUACUCUUACUAUAUUUUACACAAUUAGAAGCACAAUUAUCUGUGGUCUUUGUAAUGAACCUCCUGGAAUUUAUGUGAAUGCACUUUCUCGAACAUGACUACUAGAUUGGAAAAUGUCUUGUGUUAAACAAAGCUGAGCAAAUAAAUAACAUACUGCACUGUGUGAUUAUAUAGGUUUGAUGAAUUGUUAGUUCUUUCUGUAGAUUGCUUUGAUGGUAUUUAAUGCUUAGUUAAGCUUCAAGUUUGUAAGCCACACAAAAAUUGUGUAAUGUAUUUUGUACUUCAAUCACUCGUGUAUUAAAUGGAAUAUUAUCAUUCACAAAUCACUAGCAAGUGUAAAAAUUAAAAGAUAUAUGUAACUCCUCACCAUCUCCUCAUCCAUUGUGAACAUUGGGAAUGUAUAGAGAGGCUGCACAAGCAACUGUCCACUCUACAGCAAGAACAUCUCGCAAGUUCUAGUGUGAAUUGUAAGACAUUGUGCCAUCAGUCCGCUCUUGAUUUGUAGUCCGCAUAUCAAAAAGUGCUAAGGAGGCAAAAACAAAAGAGCAAACCAAUAACUUUUCAUGAAGCAACUACUUUAUCUAGAUUACGUUUUGUUUCCUGAAAAUAAAUACCAUGUAUUUUUUUAUAUAUAUAUAUUUUAACUAUAAAUAUGUACACACUUUUUUUUUUUUUUUUUUUUUCAGUCUAUGGCAAGUCAGAGAUGCUGUGUAAAGAAUAUGGUCAAACAAAGGGCCCCGGAACUACCGCAAAACCUUCGGGGCAUCUCUUUUUUAGAAAGCUUGGGAGUCUAGUUAAAAACACACUGGAAAAAUGCCAACGAGAGAACGGCUUUAUGUACGUAAAUUGUUUCCUACAAAUGUUUUUGUUUAGUAAAAGUAGCACAGUGUAACUCUUAAAACACAGUAGAUGUAGUGAGAAAUUCCUUUCUUGGCUAAAUAAGCAGAUUUAGAUUGUGGGGUUGCAGAGCUUGCACUUUACAAAUAUUGUUUAUUAGACAAAGGAGGAGAUAAGGUUGCACCAAAAGAGUAUAGACAAUGUACAGGUACAAAUAACAAUCAGAAGUGGAAAAAAAGGACCAAUAUAUCAGUAAUACAAUAAAAGGAAUAAAAAGUCCAAUAAAACUUACCAGAAGAUAUAGCCUCAAAUAUGUCCGGAAUAAUUCUUCUAAAACAGUGUCAGAUCAGGGUAUUCAGGGUAUCCCUUUUGUAUGUAAAAUCAAAAAGGAAAGACUAAUAGUGUAAAAUAUCCCAGAGAUAGAUAAUACCAGUAUAAAAAGUGUAAUAUAGUCCUACUAAUGUUUUUUUUAGAGCUUUUAACCGGCUCUAGUAUUAAUGGCGUACAGUGGUACAAUACCCACUUAUGGGAUACGUGAUAUGUUGUUCAGUAGAUGUUUCAUCAACCAUAAAAUUAAUUUAAAAGAGACCACAAUAGUGCUCACUGUGUAAAGAAUGCCAGGAGUAUGAAAUCUAGAAUGUAAGCUCAUUGAGUAGGGCCCUCAAUCCCUCUGUUCCUGUGCGUCCAUUUCUCUGGUUACAAUUAUGUGUCUGUUAGUCCACCCAUUGUAUAGCGCUACGGAAUUUGCUAGCGCUAUAUAAAUAACGUGUGUGUGUUCGUGUUCUGAUUCUAUUACAGUUUCCAGUAAACACAUUUUUGCUUUACAGUUACCACCAGAAGGUGCCACCAGAGGCCCCUCAGUUGGAGUUAAAGGCCAACUAUGGUCUGGUUGAGCCAGUGCCUUUUGAACUUCCUGCUCUCAGUCCAAUGUGGACCCAGGAAACACAUGCAGCAUUUGACCUCACUAAGCAACCAAAAGAUGAUAAGGUAAGACGCUCUUCACAUUUUUUCCUAAAUGGGGGCUCCCAUAUUGGGCCAGAUUUUCCUAGCUUACCCUGGCAAUGGCUAUCAUCUGGUGUUAUUUGGUAGAGCAUGCUGUAAAACUCCCUAGUUCCUAAGCCUUUUUAAACAGAGGAAAUACUGUAUUAAAAAAAAUCUUUGACUUUUCAUUUGCUUGUUUUCCUGAAAAAGCACAGGUUCAGAACCAAGACAUUUGCUGGUUCAUAAAAACUUAAAUUUUUUUAAAAUUUUUUUAUUCUUUGCAUAUUUUCAGGCCAAGCCGAAAAAAGAAGAGGAGGUGAAACCAGUGAAGGAACCUGACAUAAAACCACAGAAGGACACUGGAUGUCAGAUAUCCUGAAGAAGACUGGAUUUCCUAAACUGGAUGUGGUUACCAUUUGCAAAAUCUGCACUAUAUGUACAUGCAGCAGAUUGAGAUUAAUGCAAUCCCUGUAGUCAGUGUGAUUUCAACUGGCGGUGUGAGUUACAGUAUGUCUGCACUAGUACUAUGUAUAAACUGCUUAGCCAUGCAUAAACCUACAGAAGCCAAUAUUUAUAAAAGCUUGCUUCUACUUUAAAUGAAAGCAAAUAGGGGAUCCUUUAUAUUUUUUUUCUCUAAAUGGAAAUGUCUCCCAGUAAUUUAAUGAUUUGUAUUUACUUUUGUUAACUUCUUAACUCACUUUUUAACAUGAUGGUCAUCAUUUUAAUUAUAUUCAAAUAUUUUCUUUUUGAAUUUAUAUAUAUAUAUAUAUAUAGAGAGAGAGAGAGAAAGAGAGAGAUAAUGAGAUCUAUUUAAUAAAUACACGAUAUGUACAUACUAACUUUUUAAUGGCACAAACAGAAUUUCUAUUAAUUUAGCUCUAUAUUUUACUAACUGUGCACAUUGAGUGUGUUGUUUAUAUGUGGAUUCAGAUCUAACUAGAGAUUCUAUAUAUGACCAAAUGCUUACACCUUUUUCAGGUUUUUGUUCUGGCACAAACACUACAGGUGCACCAACUCAUAAUAAAUUAGACUUAAGUUACAGUAGCACAUUUAUUAAUAAGAAUCAUUUUAAGGACUCCAUGAAAUUUGUGUAUGAUGGCAUACUUUCUUCAUUGCAUUUUCUGGUCAGUGGCCAUUGCUUGAGUUAUAUUCAAAUAUUCUCUUUUUGAAUCUUCUCAUUGUCUGGAACUCACCAGUCAGCCAAUCAGAAUGCUGCUGUGAUCUCAAAUGAGCCCCUGAUGUUUUUGUUUUUCCCUCCUGUUUCUCUAUGCAUCUCUUAUUACUUGCUUUAUUUAAAAUGAAGGCCAUGUUGCAAAGGUGAAAGGAGCACUCACAUUCUUUACCUAUUCAAACAUGUCUUUGUAUGCUGUUUCACAUACAUUCUAAUUCAUAAUGUAUUAUUUACAAUAGUAUCAAAAACUGCGGGGAAAAAAAUCUCACUCUGUCUCUUGACCCAAAAACAGUGCAUUACUGGCAAGUACUUGGUGCUUGCAGGAUCCAGAACAUGUGCACACUCCACUGCCAAAAUACAAAAUAAAUAAAAAUAACCCCUUCGUAGAUAUACCCCAUAUAAAAACAUGCAUGCAUUUAAUUAUGCAUUUUUUUUCAUGGGAGUUAUAUCUAAACACAGAUUGCAAAGCCUGCAGUUCUCUGCUAACUUUCCAAGCCCUCCCCUUCUAACUCUGCCCAGACUUUCUGUGGCUGUCCAAUCAGAGACUUCCCAAUGCAGCUCAAUGAGGAGUCUUUGCAAGUCAGGUGCUCUGGGCAGUUGUUGCUUCUGGAGUUUAGCUCUGCUAAGCUAAUGAAACGAGAAAGAACAGGACCGGUUCUCUGAUUGACAGUCAGUGGAAUGUAACCAAGCAAAUUAAUUGUCCUUUUUUUUAUAAUUGACUUUUUGCAAAAUGGAAAAAACAAAGAGGACAUACUUCAUACACAAAGCUUUUCAGCAAUCUGAAGUGCUUUAGGGGUCUUAAGUGUCCAUUUAAAAAAAUAUAUAUAUUUUACAAAUGAAGGGCAUUAAAUUGUGAAUACCAAGGGCGUUGUUUUAUGGUAGAUAUAUGUUCUGUAUAAAUAUAAAACUAGUGGCCACAUUCUCACAAGUUAUAAAACUCAUUCUUUAAUGUGUUUGACAGCACUGACUAAAUAUGCUUACUUCAUAUAAAGGAGUUGGAUCUAGGAUGUAAAUAAAGACGGUUUCCUCUAAUAAAAUUGUUAAAUGAAAUUUAUGUUUCAAUAUGGUAAUGGGGAAAAAUAUAUUUGAAUGAAAUUAGUGAAUUUAUAGUCUCGUAUAAACAGUCUUGAGACUUUGCCUGGUUUUUCAAUUUAGAAAUGGUAUAUGAUAUUCUUUAUGAAAUACUGUAUUUUAUAAUGUUUGCUUUUUUUCCCCCACUUGUAUCUCUCAGCGUAAGCUUAAUCAACCUUCCAAGACUUCAUAAUGAUACAUUGUCUUAAACUAAAGAACAACUAGAUCUUUGGAAAAAUCGGACUGAUUUUUUUUAAUGCCAGAUGGAAAGGUCUAAACUGUAGAGAACUUAGACAUUAGGUGACCAAUUAGGUAUAAUGCAAUCCUGUAUUAUGUGUAAUAUUUAAUAUUUUGUGAAAACCUCAACCUGUAUUUGUUAAUAAUUUUUUUUAGUUUGUCCAGUUUAAACUAUGAUUUAAAAGUUCUUUUUUAAUACAACAUGGCUUAGUGAUAAAACAAAAGUAAUUUAUUUUCACUGAGAUGACAAGAACAACAGUUUGUAGAAGUUCUAUAUCCUCUCGUGUGACUGAAAGUGCUUCAUAGCCUAUCAUUAAACAUUUAGGUGCAAAUAUAAUAAAAAUAGUUACACAUGUCUACCAAGACAGCAAUAGUAUAUCGAAAAAUAAUGUAGACAUGGUAAAUCCAAAACGCGACAAGCAAAUGAGCAUGUUAAAAUGGUGGAAUAAGUAAUGCGUAUACUCACACAACCGUUUUAAGCCUGCGUAGUUAAAUGCACUCAAAGGCAAUAGGAAACUUUGCAAGAAUGUGUCAAACUAGUUUGUGUAUUUAUUUUAGCAGGUACUGUUCAGGUUUAGUGGAACCAUCAUGUGAUAGGACAAAAGAAAGAUGUGAAAGAGGGAGCAUAGUAUAAGGGAAACAGACAUGAUUUUGGUAGGUGUGAGUGAGGAGCCCCAAGAAGAGGUGAAAAAAGAUGAUGUAAGUCGAAGAUGAGAAGCACAAAUUAAAUUGGAGAGAAGGGCUGGGGAACACUGGCAACAAAUCAGGAGAACCAGCAAAUCCUACACCUCUUGCGUUUGGUGUCCCUUAGAAACAGGAGUGGGGUUGUUUAGAAAGUCCAGGAUUGACAGCAGUGACUCUCUCUGAGAUUAUAUACAUAUUGAGACUAAUGGAGUCAUAGGUUAGUGUAACGUUGGAAAGUCUGAAUUUUACUGAAUGAAUUUCAUUUAAUUUUAGGAUCACUCUCGCACUGUGGGCACUACUCUGUGCCUCCAUAAUAUGGGUAUUUGGUUGCAGGAAGCAUUAAUUAGGUAGGGAAAAAUAGACAUAGUAGGAGGUGGUAUGAAGUAAGAGGUAGUAGGGUACCCAUUGCGAAAGUCGGAGGUGGAUCCGUCUGGCCAUAAACCAUCAUAUAAACGCCUUUCCAGAAGUGGUGUAAGUGGGUAUUCACAUAUGUGUGACAAGCUACCUAGUUUUCAAACACUCAGGUUCGACAAAUGAAGAAAGGAUUGUCAAGAGUGCAGUACCAAAGGUUAAGCAGUUUGUUUUCCGAUUCACGAUACCAAGUGUAAAUGGAUGAUUUGCGAGUAAGAGUAAAAGUUUGAAUUCAUUGGUCUUCUGUGUCAUCCCAAGAUGUAUCCUUGUUAUCCUUCUUGGAGUGUUACUUUAUUUGUAAACCAUCUAGUGUAAAGGUGCCCUUUGUUCUUGUGCGUAGGAUUUGGAAUGCCACUAUAUAUAGCGUUAAGAGCAAAAUCUAUUUUAUAAAGGCGUUCACUGCUAGAAUGUGAGAUUCAAUGGUAAUGCACAACAGGAUAUGGCAUCAAAAUAAAAGUCUAGAUCGAUGCUGUUUGAUAAUAGGUAAUCCAAGAAAGAUUUAACAAUGAGAGAAGAGAAGUGGAAAAUCUGUACUAGCCAUUUUCUCUGUCCUAGAUAUGUUCAUUAAAAGGACACUAUAGUCACAUUGAUGACAAUGCUUUCUUAUGGUGAACCUUGAGUGUUUGCAUGUGCCUGAAGUCAAGGUCCUCAUAGAUGCGCAUUGAAUUGGACCAUAACGGAGGCCAUGCCUCCUCUAUGUUGUUGUGAAAUGUAGACAGGUGAGCAGUGGCGAGAGAACCUUGGCGCUAAAAAAAAGGUAAGUAAACAUUUUAUUUCACAGAUAUUUCUGGCACACUAUAGUGUUAGAAAUACAGGUUUGUAUUCCUAACAGUAUAGCCUUCCUUUAACCCCUUAACUACCAAAACUUAGUAUAAUCGUUUUUAUGUUCAUGUAUUUUGCAGUAUGAAAUUUAGUUAAAGGAGCCUCACUAACCUUUAUUUAUACAAAACAGUACAAGAAGUUUCAAAGCGUCAUAUCAUUCCUAUAGUUGAGGAGGAGUGAAUGGACUCUACUAUUCCAUUUCAUUCCAUUAGCAUUUCAGGAAUUAAUAAAGAUUACUGUAGCAGUUUUAAAUACCUUUUAUUUUAGAAUAUAUAUGAUUUAACUGUAUUUACUGUAUGUUGAAGCUUAUGCUCAAAUGCAGACAUUCUUUUUACAUUCUGUUGCCGUUUUUAGUAAGCUGCACUACUAGUAAUGCCACCAGGGUCCUUGAAAAUAACUAUAAACCUUGUAUCUGUUUUUGUCAUACCUACUGUAUGUAAGAAAAAAAUGCAUUUUUGCUUUUAUGGUAACACUUCAGACCCUUUUUGAAAUAUUGCAAGAGAAAUUAUACUGUAUACUGUCUAAAACUUUUAUUUUCCCAAAUAUUUCUAUAAAGUGUGAACGAAUAAGUGAAAAACAAAAAUUGUGUACAUUUACAUUAUUUUAAUUUAAAGUGUGUCUGCCUAGCAAUUUAUACACAUAAUUGCUAUGUUAUUAUAUGUUUACAUGCCAGUUAUGCAUCCCUUGCUUCAAAUAAUUAAACCAAUAUUUUUCCAAUCAAAAAGUGCUCAGUAGUGAACGGGUUAAUCUUCAGUUCAUGUUUUAGUUCUAAACACUUAACUUCUUUUUUUUUUUUGUUCUUGUUUUGCUUUGGAGUCUCUCUGUAUACUUAAAAUAUAACAAAAUAUGGUAUCUUGAUAAUAAAUGGCUUAAUUACAAGACGUUCAAAUCCAUAAAACUACUGCAUGAUUGUACCAAUUUAAAACCUUCAUUAAAGAAAUAAAUACUGUUUUUAAAAUAGGAAUCAAUAAAGCACAAUCUAUAAACAAAACGUCUGUUUUAUACUGUGCUUACUCUGCAUCUUACGUUUAAAAUUUACGGUGAAUGGGUUAAAUUUCCAUAUCCUAGAGGGUUAUUCACUAAAGGGAAAAUAGUUGGAAAUUAUAAGUGAUUUGAAAAGUGUAGGGCUAGAAUAUCCGAAUUGGAACCAUUGCAGACUUGAACAAUCCACUUUGCAAUCCUG